AUGACAGAUAUUAGCUGGAGACCAAUUGCAAGACCUGUUCAAAAUGAUUCUGAUACAUUACCUAUCACUAUAAAUUUGGCUUUACAACAAAUCAUUAAUUUUGAUGGAAAGAACGAAGCCAUUGUUAUUAGUGGUUGGAUGACUAUCAAAUGGAAUGAUUAUAGUUUAAGAUGGAAACCAGAACAGUUUGGUAAUAUUCAAACAUUAAGAAUACCAAUACCUUGUUUUCUUAUCAGUUGUAUGACAAUACUUGGAUUUUUAUUAUCACCGGAUAGUGGUGAAAAAUUAACCUUGCGUGAGUUAGAAUUUGAUGAUAAAAAAUGUGUUUUUAUACAUUUUAAAUCUUCAGAAAUUACAAUUCUUCUAAGUGUUAUUAUGUUCAGUUUACUUCUAUCAGAAAUUCUGCCAUCAAGUUCAACUGCUAUACCGAUUAUUACUGUUUAUUUCAUGUGUGUUAUGAUCAUGACAGCAGUUUCAGUUGUUGCAUCAGUAUUAAUACUAUCUCUUCAUCAUCGAAGCCCUAGUAAUUAUGCAAUGCCAUCAUGGGUUCGUAAGUAUAUUUGUAACUAUUUGGCGUGGCUAUUACAUAUGAAGCGUCCUAAUCAUGAUUUGACUUGGCGUUCGAUUCGUCGUCGAUGGGCUUCUCCAAAACAAGAAUCGGAUAAUUUACUUGGAACGAUUGAUAAUCAUCAAACUAAGAUUCCUUCUGAACCAUUAUUCGAUAAUACAUUCGAGUUGUUAUCAACCAAUGUUAUAAAUAUCGACAAGAAACCUUUAGAAAAUCAAGAAAAACAACACUUAGAUUCGAUAUUAGAAUCUGCUGUACCUCGAGCAGCGGAAAUUCAUGGUCCUGAUUAUCAUCAGAAAACAUCUAAUGAAUUAUACACAUGUGAUAUGGAUACAGCUCAUUCUGAGCUACGUGUUAUUAUUUCUCAACUUGCUAUUCUUAUUAAUUAUUCUCGACAAAAAGAGAAAGAUGAUAAUGAAUCUCAAGAUUGGCAAUUCGUGGCAAUGGUUAUCGAUCGUCUUUGUCUAGUGUUUUUUUCUAUAAUCAUGUUUCUUUUUACUGCACUUACUUUUCUCCACGUUUAA